CCUCCUCUCCUCUUUCCUCCUUCCUCUCUUCUUUCCUCCUUCCUCUUCCUUCGCCUCCUUUCCUUGCCCGUCGUAUCCCACAAUGCAUUGUGUUCACUCGCUGGAUCAUGGACCAAAGCGAUAAUGAUCUUCAAGGAAGCGACGGCUCUGGGAGUCUGGGCGGCCCGGACGUUCGCAGACGAAUCCCCAUCAAGCUCAUAUCCAAGCAGCCGAUAAGAAGCAAACCUCAGCCCCGCGCGCAGAGACCCAGCAGCAGGCCAUCUAAAAGUGAGGCUGGAGAUGAUGAUAAUUUUGGCUUCAAGCAGGAGGAGAGGUUCGACUGCGGUGCUAAAGCCGGAGACGUCUUUGCGACUCAGAGGAGAUUCCCCCAGGCGCUGUUUUGGGAUUAUAAGCUGAAUUUGAUCGGAGAGCGGGAUGAAGUACCGAUUCACUUCUGCGACAAAUGCGGUCUCCCUAUCCAGCUGUACGGACGGAUGAUUCCCUGCAAACACGUUUUCUGCUACGACUGCGCUUUGCUCCACGAGAAGAAAGGAGAGAAGAUGUGCCCCGGUCUGACCCUGUACAACUGCACAGACCCGGUGCAGCGUAUCGAGCAGUGCCAGCGCGGCUCCCUCUACAUGUGCAGCGUGGUGCCGGGAUGCAAGCGCACCUACCUGUCCCAGCGUGACCUGCAGGCCCACGUCAACCACCGCCACAUGAGGGCAGCCAAGUCCUCCGCCGGGCGCCAGGAGCCCGUGCACCUGCCCCCCUCGUCCGAGGUCCCCGACCGGUUCCGCGUGCCUCCGCCUCACUUAGCCAAGAACCACGUCCACCUGCCCAACCCGCUCCAGCAUGGCAGCCACGACCCCUACAGCCAGCCGCCGCCGCCGAGUGCCCACGACGCCCCGCCCCCGAACUCAGCGCAUGGGCCAGACCCAUUCCGCAUCACGCUGACGACCCGCAAGCACAGCAACCUCAUCACGGUGCCCAUCCAGGACGACUCCUCCGCUUCCUCCCGAGAACCCCUCUCUGGCGGACCCUCUCAGCCCCCCCACCAUCACCCUGGGGACUAUCCUGGCCAGCCACCUGUGGUGUCCCACUCUCACCACAUGAUGGCGCCACCCCAGCAGCACUUUGGACCCCCACCUCCCCCACCCCCACCCAUCAGCCACCCCAUGCAGCAUCCUCCCCAGGCCUCUGGGACACCUCACAUGGUGUACAACCAAGCCCCUCCUCCCCCUAUGUCCACAGCCCCCCCACCAAUCACUCCACCGCCUGGACACAUCAUGGGUCAGAUGCCCCCUUACAUGAACCACCCGCCACCAGGACCUCCACCACAACACAGCGGACCCCCUGUCAACGCCCCACCUCCCCAUCACUACAACCCCAAUUCCAUGCAGCAGUUCUCCGAAGACCAGGGCACCCUUAGCCCUCCGUUCAGCCAGCCAGGAGGGCUCAGUCCCGGGAUGUGGCCCGCUCCAAGAGGGCCGCCACCCCCACGGAUGCAGGGACCCCCACCACAGGGCCAGAUGCCGGGGCCACACCACCCAGAUCAGGGCCGCUACCGGCCAUAUUAUCAGUAAACUGCCAACUGAACGGAGGAGAACCAGUCUGCCACAUUCUGUUCAUACCACUUGUCUGCAUAAUGUGAUGGUGAGCCUCAGGGUAACAGGAUGUAGGAUUUUUGAUUUUGAUUAAAAAAAACAAACUGCCCCAAAGCAAAUGUGUAUGUGGUGCACAUUUUAGUUAACUGUACUGAACUUCCCACAGGACAUACGAUAGACUUGGAGAAGAGCAGGAAUGUCCUUUUUUUUUUUAAUAGCUUAUGGUAAAUAUUUCUGUAUAUAUGUCAGCUGACUUCACGCAUAUUACUGUACAUUGAAAGACGUUAACUAUGUCUAAAUAAAUUUUUAACAACAAGUUUGCAUCUCAUCUUUGUUUGCUAUAAAGACUGAUGAAGGAUCACCUCACAGGAGGAUUUAAAGGACUUGAGUUUAUUUUGGUAAUUAAAACAGGUUUUAUGAAAGGAGACAAGUGGCAGUAAUUAAGUGUGGCUGUGUAGCAGUAACCUUUUCUUGGAACUGACUGUCAUUUCUCUUUUAUGAAUUUGUUGUAGCUGAAUGUUUGAAUCACUCUGGGUUCAUUGGAUGAUGAGAUGCCCUUUUUCUGGGGGUUUAAGAGGUCAUUCUGAACCUUCCUUGACU